UGGGAUUGGAAGGAACUGGCCCUGGGCCUCAGGAGGCAGCAGUAUUUUGGCAGAAUUUGGAACUUUGCAUUUGGAGUUUAUACACUUGAGCCACUUAUCAGGAAACCCCAUCUUUGCUGAAAAGGUAAUGAAUAUUCGAACAGUACUGAACAACCUGGAAAAACCACAAGGCCUUUAUCCUAACUAUCUGAAUCCCAGUAGUGGACAGUGGGGUCAAUAUCAUGUAUCAGUUGGAGGACUCGGAGACAGCUUUUAUGAAUAUUUGCUAAAGGCAUGGUUAAUGUCUGACAAGACAGAUCUAGAAGCUAAGAAGAUGUAUUUUGAUGCUGUUCAGGCAAUUGAGACUCACUUGAUCCGCAAGUCCAGUAGGGGGCUGACGUACAUCGCUGAGUGGAAAGGGGGCCUCCUGGAACACAAAAUGGGCCACCUGACCUGCUUCGCCGGAGGCAUGUUUGCUCUGGGGGCCGACGAGGCUCCUGCAGACCUGACCCAGCACUACCUUCAGCUCGGGGCUGAGAUUGCCCGUACCUGCCACGAAUCUUACAACCGCACAUUUGUGAAACUGGGACCAGAAGCUUUCAGAUUCGAUGGCGGUGUUGAAGCCAUUGCUACAAGGCAAAAUGAAAAAUACUACAUCCUACGGCCAGAGGUUGUUGAGACUUACAUGUACAUGUGGCGACUGACUCACGAUCCGAAGUACAGAAAAUGGGCCUGGGAAGCCGUAGAGGCCCUGGAAAAUCACUGCAGAGUGAACGGAGGCUAUUCAGGCCUAAGGGAUGUUUACCUCAAACAUGACAGUUACGAUGAUGUGCAGCAAAGUUUCUUCCUGGCAGAGACAAUAAAAUAUUUGUACUUAAUAUUUUCUGAUGACGAUCUACUUCCGCUGGAACACUGGAUCUUCAAUACCGAGGCACAUCUUCUCCCUGUACUCUAUCCGAAUAAAAAGGAAGUUGAAGUCAAUGAAAAAUAAAAGGACAUUUUAUAUUUUACUCUGCUCCAUUCCCUUCACUGCAUACCUUAAUAAUUCCUUUUCUGGUAUUCAGGCACAUGAUGAAUUUUUAUUACUAGGUCUGUGAUUAUUCUAAGUUCUAAAAUUGUUUUGCAGUCUUUUAUGUUUAUCAUCAUAGGCUUAGAUGGACCUAAACUCCUUUUCAUAUCCUUUAUUAUUCAGUCAGUAGAUCACAGGUGGUUUUUUUUAUUUUAAGUAAUCUUUUAUAUCUGGAGUUCAUGUAGGUAUAGUAUCAUUUUUAUUAAACUGAAUAUAGUGGUACCAAUGACCUUUUAAUUACAAUUUUGAUUUGACUGCAAAACUUCUUCCUCCUCUAUGAGGAGAUGAUGUCUGCUUUAAGCUGUAAUGUUUUGCCAUGUUGCAAAAAGCCAUAAUAAUAAAUUAAAUAUUAAAAAAGCUUUUUCCUUUUCAAUUUCAUGUUAAUAUGGUUUGUCUAUCCACCAGAGACAGAUCUUAUAACUGUGACAGCCUCCUUAUGCGGGUCUAUCAUUAUUUGAUAGAAUAUCUUCUAAAAUACUUCACUCACAUUUUAAUUCAAAUUAGAAUGUCAUCCCAAAAGGAUCAUCUCAUCUUGACCUCAUUUCGUUGGAACCACAGUACAUUUUUGUUGGUUAAUUGUAUUAGUGUUUCCUAAUUUGUGAAUUAAUUCUCAAAUUUUACUUCAAAUGCCCUGUGUCAUUUCUGGAACAUGUACUGGUUAAUUUCUUCUAUUCCCCACCACACAGUGAAGUGAGCUUUCAAGUUUUGCAGAUCUCUGCUAUUACUGAAUUAUAUUUUUUUACGGGAAACAGUAUCACUUUUAGUGUGUUACCUUUUGCUUUUUACUAAAUACGUGAAGAACUGGGUCUCUCUAGAGAGAGGGUAAGUAUUUCAUUUGGCAUUUAGUUUGCAUUUUUAUCUUUAAAUUUUUUGUCUUGAGAAAAAGAAAGCAUUACCUUUAGUUUAGAUUUUUCAGAUUUGAAAAGGGCCAUUUCUCGAAUGUAGUUAAGUUAUUUCAUAUCAGUUUAUGAAAGCAGUAUUUAACUCUGAAAGAAGCUUUGCCAAUGUUUCUAUUCAUGGUCAAUUGAGGAAAAUCUAAUAAACUUUUAUGCCAAAUAAGAAUAUAGUAUUUUUUUCUGGUUAAAUUUACCAUAGUGACCCCAGCUUAGAACCAAUAUAUAGGAUUGGACAUUCCCAGUUCCCUACAAUCCUGUAGCAGAUCAAAAUAAUUCUAUGAUUCUUCAGAGUGCUGUUUUGAGAUAUGAAUGGUUUUCCCAAGAAUAGAUUUGGUGACAACUUGUGUUUUUUUAGCAUAUCGGUUCAUAUUUUAUAUAUAUAUAUAUUCCCAUGAAAAGGCUAAUACGAUAAUGCAUAUUCUGAGGUACAAAGACUAUAACCACCUGUAUUUUCAACCUAGCAGUGGUCAAAUAGAUCAGUGAACCCAUGGAUUACGCUGAAGCAUAUGCAGUGGCUGCAUUUGUAGUUUUAAAACUAUCCAAUAUUAGGAAUUUCUUACAGUUCAGUCUAAUAUUUUUUAAUACAGUUAUUUUCUUGCAUCUCAAUUGACGUCAUUAUUUUAGCUAUUUCAGCUUUUGAAAGCAUUUCAAAAGAAUUCCUUUGUCUGAAAGGACCACCUUGUGUGACCUGCUCUUUUUUCAAUAUUGUACAUUGGUAUAUGUCAAAGAAUAAAUUAAUAAAGUUAGUAAAUGGAAAAGAGCCUUUGGUACCUCAUUGUUGCCAAGUUAAUGUGUUUUGAGACCCAGACUAUCUUCCAUUCGUAUCUUCAGCUCGCCUUACGAAAUGAACAGAUAGUGAGUGUCCUUCUUCCCAGGACUUAACGGCAAAAUAUAAAAGAUAGUUGCCAAUACUGGGCCAUGUGUGUUUAGAUUAUAAUGUUCUUAUGAAUGUCAAGUUAAUUUUCUUUGCUUUUCAAUUUGAUUUGAAAGAACACAAAGCUGAUACGUAUUUCUGCAGCAGAUAGGAUUUUUUAAUAAAGGGUUUAUGUACAAACUGCACACGAUGUACUUUUUAUAUUUUGGUACACAUAGGCAAAAAGAUUGUACUACAUGCUGCUCUGUCAAUGGCAAGAAUAAAAUUUUUCCGAUUCUAGAACUUGGAUUUUUUUUUAACCUAAGUCCCAAAACACCAAAAAUAUAAACAAGAUAAGAGAUUAAUAUUAUGUAAUUUAAUUAAAUUUAUAUUUUGUUAAUCAUUAUAAACAACAAAAGUCCUUAGGUAGACACUGUCUUUCAUUAAUUUUCAGCAAUUUCAUCUGAAAAGUGAGUAAUUAAAAUAGCACUUAAUUUUGUGUUUCUGCAGAUGUUUUGGGUAUACUUUGUGCAAUUCAUAUUACACAUGUAAGUUGUAUGGCAAUUUAUAGAACACAGUGUUUGUCAUGGCUCCUUCAUCUGUAUUAGCUAUUCUUUACAUUGAUUAUUUUUGAUGUGUACAUAAAUUCAUUCUGUCAUUUCCAACUUUAUAUAAAUCUUUAAUGUUAUGAUAAACAUAAUAGACACAUAAUUUUUAAAAACUAUAUUUGUAAAAUUUCUCUAUUGUGAAUAAAGUCUUUUAAUAUAUCUCCUCA